AGCCAAUCCGCCCGCAACCUCCCAUGGAUCGAAUCCCCCCCAGCCCCCAAAACCCAGCGGAGCGAGCCACCGCCAUGGACUCCUCCGACGACGAGUGGGUCGUCCUCUGCACCGACAACCCCGCCUACUCCUCGGACGACGACCGCGGCGUCCUCGCGCUCCCCGCCUCCACCUCCCCCCUCUCCCUCUCCUCCUCCGACGACGACGAGGACGACGACGACGGCCUGCGGUCGGCGGGGUCGGAGGAGGAGGACCCGUUCGAGGUGGACGAGGACGAGGACGCGUCGCCGGGGCAGCGGCUCACGCGGCCGCUCUCGGGCAUGUUCCACCACACGCCCUCCGACUCGGUCGCCUACGCGGCCUUCGACCCCGUGCGCAGCGCCAAGCAGCUCAUCCCGGACCCGGCCUUCUCCGCCUUCCCGGAGCGGGUCUCGGUGCUCGCCUCGUCGCGCGGCCUCGUCUGCCUCCGCGGCUGCGCCACCGGCUUCUACUACGUCGCCAACCCGCUCACCUUCCGCCGCGUGCGCCUCCCGUACCAGAACCGCGACCACCGCCUCGACGCCGACCCGGCCGUCGUCAUCACCUUCGAGGACGACGAGGACGCCGCCGGCCAAGUCGGCCUCGGCGCCGGCUUCCGCCACUACCACGUCGUCGUCACCUACCAGGUCCACGACGGCGUCUGGGCCGUCGAGUCCUUCUCCACCCGCACCUGGGACUGGCGCGUCGGGGACGACAUCUGCGCGCCCGAGACGGUCGUCGCGCAGUCCGGGGUCGGCGCGCGGGGACGCGCCUUCUUCCGCACCACCAUCGGCCACAUCCUCUGCUACACCCCGGAGACGGGCUGCGUCGACCUCAUCCCCGCGCCCCAGGAGGUCGAGGACCGCAAGGACUGGGAGAUCGGCGAGAUGGAGGGCAACUUCAGCGUCGCCUGCGUCGACCAGGCCACCAAGGAGGUCGCCGUGCUCUACAUGGUGCCCGGCGACGGCGCCGACCAGGUCACCUGGGCCUGGGCGGGCCAGUUCCACGCCAACAAGAUGGGCUACCAUGACAGGAUGACCCUGCUCCGCUCCCAGGGCGCCGCUGAGGUGGUCAUGUGGGAUCCUCUCGAGCAGCUCGUGCUCGCCGUCGACUUCGAUGGCAGGGUCACCCGCUCCAUCGGCCCCCUCUCCGGCGGGAUGUACUACUCGGAUUUCAUCCCCUACGUCAACUCAUACGCCGACAUCUACAGCGAGGAGGAGGUGGGUUCUGUGUUCAAGACGAAUGAUGAAGCCGUGACGUACAAAGUUCCACAGGCAUCUGUCAAAGCAGAAAUUGAUUCCAACUAAAAUCUCUUCCAAUAAAGGAAAGGAUUUGCUGAUGAUGGAGAAGGAAUAAUGAAGCUUCCAGAUCUGUGCAGCAUAAGGGAGAGCUAUGUUCUCCCUUAUUGCUACCUAGUAGGUGUUUUUGUCUGCCAUGUACAUACAUAGUUGGUUAGAUGCAGACUGCCCCCGUCUGUCUGUCGUGAAUCAAGUUCUUAAUUGCUGAAUUGGAAAUUAUCAUCUGGUGCCUGCGUGAUGCGCCAUUUUAGCAAAUUCUGGAUUUUUUCUUGUUCCAUUGAUUAGCAUUGUUUCGCUCAGUUGCUUGCAUAAUUGCUGUGUUGAAGUUUGGCUUGAGUUUGUGCUGUCUUUAUUGCAUGGUCUGAAAUUGUA